AUGGCACCCUCUGCCACAACUUGGACGCCACUAGAUGAGAACUCGAGCGGCGAAGACACGACCGGCAUCAAACAAAAUGGCAGUGCGACGAAGGUGGCACAUACUGUCUUGCUGAACUCACCCAACACGAUAUACAGCGACGCCUACACACAUGGCUACACCGAGGGCUAUAUCAAAGCAGCCGAGGAACCACCUCAAAAGCAGAUGCCAAUCGCGAUUGUCGGCAUGUCAUGCCGACUGCCUGGUAACGUCACAACCCCAGACGAGUUUUGGGAAUUAUGUUCGCGGGCUCGAACUGGAUGGAGUGAGAUACCAAAGGAGCGAUUCGAAAAUGCGAGUUUCCAUCAUCCUAAUCCCGGGAAAGGUGGAUGUUUUAAUGCCGUUGGGGGAAACUUUUUGAAAGAGGACUUGGGAUUAUUUGAUGCGCCGUUUUUCAGUCUUACUGCCCAGGAGGCAACCUCUAUGGAUCCACAGCAGAGGAUCUUGCUGGAAUGCACAUUCGAAGCGCUCGAUAGUGCGGGAAUUCCAAAGCAUGAUAUAAUUGGGAAAAACAUGGGCGUUUUUAUUGGCGGAUCUUUUUCGGAGUAUGAAUCGCAAUUGUUCUCUGACACGGAGACGAUCCAAAUGCAUCAGUCUACAGGAUGUGCAUUUGCGAUGCAAUCUAAUAGGCUUUCGCAUUUCUUUGAUUUGCGGGGCCCCAGCUUUACAAUGGACACAGCUUGUUCAUCGAGCUUAGUCGCCCUACACCAGGCUUGUCAGAGUCUGCGAAAUGGGGAAUCAGAUUCUGCCUUAGUCGGUGGCUGUCAUCUGAAUAUGCUUCCAGAAUUCUGGAUUUCCAUGUCGAAGUCUCGAUUAUUUUCAGACCAAGGACGAUCUUUCUCCUUUGAUAGCCGAGGUACAGGUUAUGGAAGAGGAGAGGGCUGCGGAAUGAUCGUCUUAAAGCCACUCCACCAGGCUUUGAAGGACAACGACGUCAUAAGAUCCGUUAUCCUCGGGAGUGGAAUAAAUCAGGACGGUAAAACACCUGGUAUUACUAUGCCAAAUGGUUCUGCACAAGAGGCACUCAUGAAGUCUGUCUAUAAAAACGCAGGAAUCGACCCCAAAGAGACUGGAUAUGUUGAAGCCCACGGAACCGGCACCAAAGUAGGCGAUCCCAUUGAAGCCGCUGCGUUGCAUAAUACAUUCGGCGAGGGCCGUACAGCGCGAAAUCCGCUCUUCAUUGGGUCUGUGAAGUCCAAUAUUGGACAUUUAGAAGCGGCUUCCGGGAUCAUUUCAGUCAUCAAGACAGCGUUGAUGCUUGAGAGAGGAUUCAUACUUCCUAAUUAUGACUUCAAGAAGCCAAAUGAGAAGAUCCCGUUCGCGCAAUGGGGUUUGAAGGUCCCAAUCAGUCAACGACCAUGGCCGCGACCAAAACGUUUUGCAAGUGUAAAUAAUUUCGGAUUCGGUGGGACAAAUGCCCAUGUUGUCAUGGAGCGAGCGCCAUUUCAGCCCGAUCUUCCUGAAUCUGAAGACCAUGGUCACGACAGGAAAUUAUUCGUGCUUUCCGCCAACGAUAAGAAUGCCCUCGAGACAAUGAUGAAGAAGAUCGGUAUUUAUCUCGAACAGAGACCGGCUGUUUUCCAGAACGACUUGAUGAGCAAUGUUGCAUACACUCUUGGAGAGCGACGAUCCUUGAUGCAAUGGCGUGUCGCGAUAUCGACAACAUCUUCUAUCGACUUGAUCCAGGCUUUGAAUAGCGGAAAGGUUGUUCCAUCAAGGGAAACAGAGUCACCAAGGAUAGGAUUUAUCUUCACAGGUCAAGGCGCUCAAUGGAAUGCUAUGGGCCGCGAGCUAUACGAGCAUUAUCCUGUCUUCAAAACUACCCUUGAUGCAUGUAGCAAAUUCUUGGAGUCUCUGGGAUCACCGUUCUCCUUGAUUGAAGAACUCCUCAAAGACGCCGAGACAUCCCUCAUAAACGAAGCAUACAUUAGUCAGCCCGCUUGCACCGCAAUUCAGCUAGCUCUGGUGGACUUGCUACGAGCUUGGGGCAUCACCCCGCAUGCAGUCGCUGGUCAUAGUAGUGGUGAAAUUGGAGCUGCAUAUGCUGCAAACAUCAUACCCUUAGAGGCAUGCAUGACAAUUGCAUACUACAGAGGUAUGGCUUCAAUCGAGCUCAAGAAGAAGAACCCUGGCCUGAAAGGAACUAUGAUGGCUGUUGGCUGUACGAAGGAAGAAGUCGAACCACUCAUCGCUAGUUUGACCACUGGUGAGGUGAAAAUCGCUUGUUACAAUAGCCCAACCAGCUUGACAAUUUCCGGAGACGAAGCAGCCAUUGAUGAGCUUGGCAAGAUAAUGGAAGAGAAACAAAUGUUCAACAGGAAGUUGCAAGUCGAUAUCGCAUACCACUCGCAUCAUAUGGAAAAGGUUGCCGACUACUACCGGCAAUUCCUCAGCUCACUUCAAGCACCACAGUCAACAGACGUCAAAUUCCACUCGUCACUCCUGGGGUGUAUAGUAGAUGGUCCACAACUCGAAUCAUCGUAUUGGGUUGACAAUCUGACCAAGUCAGUUCGAUUUUCAGAGGCAGUAACAAGUAUGUGCGAGCCUGCAGACGGAAACAAGACCGGAGUCAAUAUGCUUGUUGAAAUUGGACCACACUCCGCUCUUGCUGGACCGAUCAAGCAGAUAGUGAAGGCAUGCGGCCCUAAUGCCACGAAGAUUCCAUACGUGUCAGCCCUUGUCAGAAAGAAGGAUGCAGUCGAAACAGCACAAGAAUUGGCCUCUACACUCUUUGUGAAGGGUGCAACUCUCGAUAUGGGUGCUGUCAACCUACCCAACCCAGGUAAACAGCCAGCACUACUCGUUGACAUGCCUCGUUAUCCGUGGAACCACCAAACCAAGUAUUGGCACGAGUCCCGCAUAAUGCAAAAGCACAAGAAUCGUUCUACCCCUCGCACGGAUUUGCUAGGUACUAUCGCAACAUACUCCAAUGAUUUAGAGCCAACUUGGAGGAAUAUCUUGCGGAUUGAUGAUCUUCCUUGGCUUCGACACCACAAGAUUCAGGGCCUUACACUGUUCCCAAUGUCAGGAUUUGUCUCAAUGGCGGUCGAAGCAGCAAGCCAACACGCAACUCAAAGAAAUGUGAAUUUCGAGACUUUCGAGCUUCGCGAUGUGGCAGUGCAUACACCGCUUAUGGUAACGGACGAAGAUAUUGAGAUGACACUUCAGCUACGGCCGAGCGAGACGAGCUCGUCAGAGACCUGGGAUGAGUUCCUUGUUCAUUCAUGGACGUCAAAUAAAGGCUGGACUGAGCACUGCAAGGGGUUGAUUGCGGUCAAAACCGUUAACGCUGGUAAUUUUGACACCAGCCGACAAGCUCAGAUUACCGAAAGCUCGCUGCAAUCUUCCAUCUCGGAAGUCAAAGAUGCUGCCAAAGAGGCUGUCGACAAGGCGAAAUUAUACGACUCGCUGUCAGCACUAGGCGUUGAAUACGGACCAAGCUUCCAGGGGAUGAACGACUGCAAAUCUUGCGACAAUGCAUCUUCCGCAAAUCUAGUUGUUGUCGAUACAGCUCACGAGAUGCCAUCAGGAUUCCAAACAAACUCAGUCAUCCAUCCGGCACUACUAGAACAGCUCAUCGAGAUGUACUGGCCUAUCCUUGGCGCUGGGCGGAACUCAGUGGACACAAUAUAUCUUCCGUCAUCCAUCGGCAGCAUGACAAUUUCUAAGAAAGUCACCGAGCUCACAAAGAAAGCCGGAGAUAGUCUGAGUGCGUACUGCAAAGCCACGCCACCUUCGUCGAAUCCAAAGCCCAUUCAGGCGUCCAUGUUCGCUAUAUCCACCAGUGACGACGUGAAAGAGUUGAUCAUUGGAAUUGAUGAGCUGACUGUUACUCCCAUUCUGGAUGGAUCAGCCGGUUCGGAGAGUGAUUCACACCGAGAGCUGUGUUAUAAGAUGGAAUUGGAGCCGAUCCUUGACCCUCUUCAGGAUUCGGCUGUCGAUGGCACAUUGACGAAUGGAGCUUCUGACCAGACAAUUGAGGUCGGGAACAAGGCCUCUAAAAUAGAGGGAGAUAUGGUUAUCAUCCACGAAGACUCAUCUGCUCAACUUGAGCUUGCAACGCACCUGGCCUUCAAAUUGGAGACCUUGACUGGAAGCAAACCAGUCACUGGCAUUCUGUCCGAUACUGACGCUACAGGCAAACUCUGCCUCAUCAUCACAGAGCUCGAAAAUCCACUCCUCUCAACCCUCACAUCGUUGCAGUUCUCAUCACUUCAGAAGACCCUGACGACCGCACGCGGAGUUCUCUGGGUCGUUCGAGGCGCCUACACGAAUUCCAAAACCCCAGAUUACAACAUGGUAACCGGUCUCAGCCGAAGCAUCCGCUCAGAAACUCUUCUCAGAUUCGCGACGUUAGACCUCGAUGCCGAGUCUACGCUCAACCAAGAAGACACCGGCAAGGCAAUCCUCAAAGUCUUUCGAGCAACAUUCGAAACCUCAUCAUCCCCACAAGCUGAGCUAGAAUUUAUCGAGCGCAAAGGAUCGUUCUUUACACCAAGAAUUGUGAAUGAUGCGGAGAUGAACGAGUACGUGCAUAAGCAGACCAAGACUUCGAUGCUUGAGCUCGCCUCGUUUGAAGAUGAGGCGCGGCCGUUGCAGAUUGAAAUCGGUACACCUGGCGCUCUUGAGUCCUUGUACUUCGUUGAUCAAACAAGGGAAGAGCGGUUGCUUGACGAUGAGAUUGAAAUCAAAGUUAAGGCUAUGGGACUCAACUCACGAGAUGUGUGUGUAGCUAUGGGACAGCUUGAUUCGCAAAGCCUGGGCAUGGAAUGCAGUGGUGUUGUUAGCAAUAUUGGUAAGGACGUCACUAACGUUGCUGUCGGCGACCAUGUCGCUGCUGUUUCUAUCAACCAAGGCACCAUCUCAACAUAUGCUCGCACCAAAGCAGCAUUUGCCAUGAAAUUCGGGAACAAAAUGUCGUUCGACGCUGCGGCUUCGAUGCCUCUCGCCUUCUGCACAGCACAGUACGGUCUUGUUGAUCUUGGUCGUCUAGAGAGUGAAACAAGAGUUCUGAUUCAUGGGGCAUCAAACGCAGUUGGCCAAGCAGCUAUCCGUUUAGCUCAAAGCAUUGGUGCUGAUGUUCAUGCCACGGUGGAUAGCGCUGAGAGUAAAGCACUGAUACAGAAGAUGUAUGGAUUGACGAGCGAUCAUAUCUACUCCUCUAGCAACACUACUUCCAUUCGCCAAGCAGCAGGCAAGGACGGUUUCGACAUCGUGUUGAGCUGCGUAUCUACAGACUCCGAGAUGCUACGCGCUCUCUGGGACAGUCUCGACUCUUUUGGUCGCCUCGUCAACAUAGCCGUCCAAGGCUCAAGCAUGAAACUCGACACCACUCGUUCGCAGCAGAACAGGGCUUUCAUGUCCGUCGACCUGAUCGCCCUUGCUACCGAGAAACCAAAACUGAUGAAGACUCUCGUUAACAAAGUCGCGAAACAACUAGAAGAAUGCACAAUAUCGCCCAUUUCCUCAACCGUCUUCCCAAUCUCAGACAUCGAAACCGCACUCAAGACUCUGCAAAGCGGGAACACAGAUGGGAAAAUUAUCCUCUCAGUCCAGAAAGGUGACAAAGUCAACGCCACACCUUCAAGCAAAGGAGGCCAGCUUCUUUGUGUAGACGCUACAUACAUUCUAAUCGGUGGCACGGGAGGACUAGGUCGAAGCAUGGCUCGCUGGAUGGUAGGCAAGGGCGCCAGAACCAUCGUGCUAGUCUCCAGAAGUGGAUCUGCGACAGGCAAAGUGAAGGAGUUGAUCGGAGACCUCGCAACAAGCGGUGCCAACAUUAUCGUCAAGAAAUGCGACGUCGCUGACCGCGAAGCCGUCGAGAACCUCAUCAACAACGAGCUAACAGGUUUACCACCAGUUAGAGGCGUAAUCCACGGCGCCAUGGUCCUAAACGACGUCCUCUUCGAAAAAAUGACCCACACCCAAUACACAACCGUCCUCUCCUCCAAAUACCACGGCGCUUGGAACUUCCACCACGCCCUCACCACCCAACCCCAACCCCUCGACUUCUUCAUCGCCCUCUCCUCCGCCGCCGGCGCCGUCGGAAACCGCGGACAAGCAGCCUACGCCGCCGCAAACACCUUUCUCAACGCCUUCAUCCAGCACCGACACUCCCUCGGCCUCCCAGGCUCCUCCAUUGACCUGACAGCCGUCUCCGACGCCGGAUACCUGUCCGAGAACGCGGCUGCCGCGGCGGAAGUGAGUAGGAAUCUGGGGAGCGAUACGAUUUGCGAGGCGGAGGUGUUGGCGUUGAUAAGUGCGGCGGUUGAUGGGACGAUGGCGAGAACUUGUGAUGGACAUGCGAUUACGGGGAUGCGUAUGACGACUCCGCCGCCGUUUUGGAUUAAUGAUGCGAAAUUCAAGGGUUUGAGGCUUGCGUAUGAAGAAUCUACCUCGUCUGGGACGGAUACGACGGCGCAGGUUUCCUUCAACGCGCUGCUCAAAGCCGCGACAACCCCUGAGGAGGCACAGGAUGUAGUAUGUCGUGGCUUAUUAAAUAAACUCCCAUCCGUGCUCAUGCUCGAGGCGGAAGACAUGGAUGUGACGCGCAGUCUAUCGAAUUACGCGCUUGAUUCCCUAGUUGCGAUCGAGGUGCGGAACUUCAUUACCAGGGAGUUUGAGGCGAAUUUGCAGGUUUUGGAGUUGUUGAGUAGUGGGAGUAUUGAGAGUCUUGCGAAGGGGAUUGUGGGGAAAAGUAAAUUGGUAAACUUUUAG